AAAGCGAAAUGGACAAUUAGAUAGGAAUGGAUGGAGUAUACUCCGUAUAUAAUAGAAGCAUAAGAGAGGGAGAGAAGGGGGAGAAGAAGAAGAAGAAGAAGAGAGAGAGUGGGAGAGAAGGAUGAACGUAGAAGAAGAAGUUGAGAGGCUAAAAGAAGAGAUCAAGCGGCUGGGAAAGAUCCAAGAUGAUGGCUCUUACAAGGUAACAUUUGGAGUGCUGUUUAACGAUGAUCAAUGUGCGAACAUCUUCGAGGCGUUGGUUGGGACUUUGAGAGCUGCCAAGAAACGCCAGGUCUUGAAAUAUGAUGGCGAGCUGCUGCUCCAGGGCGUUCAUGACAAUGUCCAAAUUACCCUCCUCCCACCCCCCGCCCCCACCCCAGGGUUAAGUAAAAACUGAUUGGAGAUUACUAUUUUACUUUUUACCCCAGCUGAGCUUGAGUUCUUCUUUCUGGAUGGAAUCCCUGUUGUAAGAUUUUGUUUAUUUAUGAUAUGAAAUUUGAAAUUUGUGUUUGGUGAAGAAGAUGAUGAAUUAGUUUUCUAUUGGCAAUGUGUACUAAAGUAUUCUUCAAGUUUGACUUUUUCUAGUCAAACAUGACAGAAUUAAAUAAAGAAUAUAUUG